AUGGUUAAUAGAGACCAGGAUGCAGACGAAGUAAUUCAUAGGGUCAAGCGGGAAAACAUGAUGGAAAAUGACUUAACUAGUAUGAUAGAGAGAAUCAUGGCCCAGAAUGGUCUGAAUACAGGACUUCAACGACCAAAUUAUUCCUCUCCUUUAUCAGAAUAUGUCCUACAAACAGAAGUACCAAGGGGUUGUAAAAUCCCUAAGUUUACCAAAUUCUCAGGGGACACUAGUGAAUCCACUAUAGAACACAUAGCCAGAUAUAUGAUUGAGGCAGGGGAUUUGGUGAACAGUGAGAACCUAAGAAUGAAAUAUUUCCCCAGUUCUUUAACAAAGAACGCCUUCACGUGGUUUACAACUUUGCCACCAAAUUCCAUAGAUGCUUGGCCUCAUUUGGAAAGAUUGUUUCAUGAACAAUUCUACAUGGGCCAAACUAAGAUAAGUCUUAAGGAAUUAGCCAGAGUUGGUCGAAAUGGCCGCUGGAGGUUUAGACUAUUCCAUCAGGAAAAAGUUAGAUACCCAGCAUCUAAGAGAUAUGGCCCAAUUAGCAGACAGGGUUUGACAGGUCGAACGCUUAAAUCUAAAAAGGCCAGAGCGAAUAAGAAUUAUAAGAAAGAGAGGGUUGCUUAUGUCGAAUUCGAAGACGGGGAGUCUGAAAUCUCUGAUGACCCUUAUGGUCUUGAGGAAUUCGAAGUAGAUUUGGCUGAAUUAAAAGAAGCACCACCUUAUGCCUACAAAUUACUUACACCUUCGAAUGGCAGGAACCCUAUCGAAGCUGAAAAGAAUGAUAGAUUUCCUAAAAAGACUUACACAUUUCAUGUUACCAAAUGUGACGAGAUCUUCGAUUUAUUAGUAAAAGAUGGCCAAAUGAUAGUGCCUCCUAAUACCAAAAUUCCUCCGGAUCUUAUUCAGAAUGCAAUUAGGGAUGGCCGCCUCAAGUUCGCUGACAAAGGAAAAAACCAGAUGAAGGUUGACGCUGAUCCCCUCAACAUUGCUGAUACAAAUUAUGCUGAACCUGUCGAAAUCAACAUGAUUGACGUAGGGGAAAUGGAGGCUGUAAAGGCAACAGGAACUGAAGGCUAUGCGCUAGAUGGAAAGCAGGCUACUGAUGGCCUAAAUCACGAUGUUCCCUUUGGAAUCCCUGUCAAAGGUAAACAGGGUGCUAACAUCGAACCAAGGGCCACUGAAGGUCUCAAGGAGAAAGCAACUGAGGCUACUGAGGACCUUAGGAAGAAAUUCGAGGAAAUUUCAAUCACUGAUGGCGCCAGUCUAGGUGUCAACAUGGUGGAUCUGAAACAACCCCUCUAG